AUGGCGCUCAGAAUGCUGGCAGACGUUUGUACCAGACGUUUAAAAAGUAACUGUGUGAUUUUACAAUGGCAAAAUAUUGCUUGUCGAUAUUCCACAGCAGCACACACUCUCCGCGUAAAGCAAAAUAUAAAAGAAAAACGAAAAGAAGCUUUACUAGGCGGAGGUCAGAAAAAAAUUGAUAUUCAACAUUACAAGGGGAAGCUCACAGCCAGGGAAAGGAUACAGUUGUUGUGUGAUCCCCAGACCUUUGUGGAAUACGACAUGUUUGUGGAGCACAUGUGUUCAGACUUUGGCAUGGACAAACAGAAGUACCCCGGAGACUCAGUCAUCACCGGGCACGGGCUCGUCAACGGGAGGCGGAUGUUUCUCUUCAGCCAGGACGCCACCGUGUUCGGGGGUAGCUUGUCCAGCGCGCACGCCAACAAAAUCUGCAAGGUGAUGGAUAAGGCAAUGCUGGUUGGAGCGCCGGUCGUAGGGCUGAACGAAUCUGGCGGUGCCCGCAUUCAGGAGGGGGUGGAUUCCCUGGCUGGCUACGCCGACAUAUUUUUGAGGAAUGUGAUGGCUUCCGGAGUUAUACCGCAGGUCUCGCUGAUAAUGGGUCCGUGUGCUGGCGGGGCAGUCUACUCCCCAGCUAUCACGGACUUCACGUUCAUGGUCCAUGACACUUCCUAUCUGUUCAUCACGGGUCCAGAUGUCGUGAAGUCUGUGCUGAACGAGGACGUGACCCAGGAGCAGCUGGGGGGAGCACGGACGCACACCGCCGUGUCGGGCGUGGCACACAACGCCUUCCGGGACGACAUAGACGCCCUCCUGCAGCUGCGCAGGUUCCUCGGCUUCCUGCCCCUGUCCAACCGAGACCCGGCCCCCGUCAGGGCGUGCGACGAUCCUUGGGAUAGAGAUGCUCCAUCACUAGACACGAUUGUACCGCAAGAAUCAACUUCAGCUUAUGACAUGUUGGAAGUUGUGAACAACAUUGUGGAUGAUGGAGACUUAUUUGAAAUAAUGCCAAAGUAUGCAAAGAAUUUAAUCGUAGGAUUUGCCAGGAUGAAUGGUCAAACUGUUGGCAUUGUAGCAAACCAACCUAAGAGUGCUUCAGGUGUUUUGGACAUCAACGCCUCUGUGAAGGGUGCGAGGUUCGUGCGGUUCUGCGACGCCUUCAACAUCCCCAUCAUCACCCUGGUGGACGUCCCAGGGUUCCUCCCGGGGACCGGGCAGGAACACAACGGGAUCAUCCGGCACGGGGCCAAGCUGCUGUACGCCUUCGCGGAGGCGACCGUCCCCAAGAUCACCGUCAUCACCCGCAAGGCAUACGGCGGUGCGUACGACGUGAUGUCUUCCAAGCACCUCCGCGGUGACAUCAGUUACGCCUGGCCGACUGCGGAGGUCGCAGUGAUGGGAGCCAAAGGAGCAGUUUCCAUCCUCUACAAGAGCAAGCCAGACGCAUCUCGCUACGAAGAGGCCUACGUGGAGAAGUUCGGCAAUCCGUUCCCUGCAGCUGUCAGAGGUUUUGUCGAUGACAUAAUUGAACCAAGAACAACUCGGUGGAGGAUAUGCCGUGACCUAGACCUGCUGGCCAACAAGAAAGUGACAAAUCCUACAAAGAAGCAUGGAAACAUUCCACUGUGAGAUACAGAAACCCAAAGUCUGUGAGAUGUAUACGUAUUUUCAAACUUUUUUUUUAUUGAUAAUCAGCUAAUCGUAAGAUAUUUUGAUAAUGAAUAUACCUGUUUAUUUUUAUACUAAUUGUUAAUAUGGAAAAUAUAUUUCCAUAGUUGUAUAUUUUUGAAAAUGUUUUUAAAUUUUAUAUAUAUAAAAAACUAUACUUUUGUACAAAAAAAAUUGUUACCAUUACUACAUAACAUUAAGUUUUGUACCACACUAUCAGUGUAUUCAGUAGGUAGUUGACACCACACUAUCAAUGUUAUCAGUAGGUAAGGUAUUUGAGGAGCUAUUGACUUGUCUACAGUCAUAAAUUUUGAAUCAUCAGCUCAAUUCAGUUGGUACAUGGACAGAACCAACAGCCAGCAUGUUUAAGGGGAAGAGAUGGUUAUGAACUUUGUUUUAUUUCAGCUGAAUUCUUGUAGAAGAUGUCUUCGGACAUGUACAAAACUUUAUAAACAAAAAUUUUCAAGCAAA